AGAAAACUCAAACCCUAGGUUCAUAUAAUUAGAUUAAAUUCUUAAAAUUAAUUUAUGUGCAGAGAAAAAAAUUAGGGCUUUUACAGAAAUCGAUCAAGAUCGUCGAAAGUGUACUAUUAUCUCUCUCUCUUAUUUCUCAGCGACAGCAUGAGCUCCUCCGACAAUGAAAUUGAAACGGCGAAUGAAGGAAACUCCGACGCCAACGGCAAUGCUAAAGCUUUCUUUGAUGUCUACGGUCCAGAGGCGAGGGCAGAGAUUGUUUUUAAGCAGCCAGAAGCAAACUCGACUUUGAAUUUGCAUGAUGUCCAAGGGCUCGCCACCUGGGUGCUUGCCGAAGGCUAUAUGCCAUCAUGGGUGUUUAUUAAAAACAAGCCAUUGAUUCCCAAAGUGGUUAUGCUUUAUGUCCCUGGUCUAGAUGCUGCAUUGUAUUUGUCACAGUCUAAGCUGUUAAAAGGUUUUAAAGACUGUUGUGGUGUCCCUAGGGCCGUAUUAGCUCUCAGCUGCGUAUCAGAUGGAAUGCAGACUGUAGAUGCUCUUCUUACGUGCAAAGUAAAACGAAAAAGGGAUGAAGCAGAAAAUAUUCAAAAGAAAGCUGCUCAGACAGCUUGUCAAGGUAUUGCAUCUGGUGCAGAUGUAUUAAAAAAUUUGCCAUUCCCAAUGACCUACUAUACUCUGACUGCUAAGGAAUUGGAAGACAAUGGAUAUUGUUGUAAUAAUCCAGAAUUUCGUCCAACACUUCUUGCUCCUUCUGGUACUCCAGUUCAUGAGAUUUUGGCACUGGACUGUGAGAUGUGCAUUACAGGUAAAGGUUUUGAGCUUACAAGAAUUACACUUGUGGAUAUUACCGGACAGGUAUUGUUGGAUAAACUUGUUAAACCAGCAAACGCUAUCACCGACUACAACACAAGAUAUAGCGGGAUUACACACGAGAUGCUGGAAGGGGUGACCACAACUCUUGAAGAUGUUCAGGAAGAUUUUCUUCAGCUAGUUCACAAAGAGACCAUCCUCGUUGGGCAUUCAUUAGAAAAUGAUUUGCUUGCCUUAAAGAUUUGUCACGAUUUGGUGAUUGAUACCGCCGUAUUGUAUAAGCACCCUCAUGGUAAAUCUUAUAAAACAGCUUUACGUGUGUUGACGAGAAGAUUUCUUUUGAGAGAGAUACAAGGCUCUGGAAAUGGACAUGAUAGUGUUGAAGAUGCAAGAGCUACAAUGGAGCUUGCUCUGCUAAAAAUAAAACACGGUCCUGCUUUCGGUUUGCCAUCGACGUUUAUAAGGAAGAAACUUUUGACUUUGUUAAGUGAAUCUGGAAAAACGUCAUCUUUAAUCGAUAAUGUUUCUAUAGUGAAGAGAUAUGCCUCCGAGUUGUCAAAUUCAAUUCCAGUUUCGUCGGAUGAUGAAGCUCUUUUAAAAGCGAAAAAGGAGGCCAAAAAUGAGAGGGUGAAUUUUGUUUGGACCCAGUUCACGGAAUUAUAUUCUUAUUUCGUGAAACAAGCAAACAAUGAGGAGAAUUUAAACAUGAAAUUAGCAGAGAUGAUCUCAUUGCUUACUUGUAGCAAUUCUACAAGUAGAAAAAAAAUUGCUUACAACAUCACAUCCGAACUAAAGGACAUUCUUAGUCGAGUGGACAAAAGAGUCAAGAGCCUGCACUCGAGUCUACCUUGCAAUUCCAUGCUCGUUAUCUGCACGGGCCAUGGAGACACUGCAAUCGUACAAAAAUUACGGAAAAUGCUUUCGGAGCAAAGGGAAACUGCAGUUAGCCGGGAGAAGAUAGUGAAAGUGCUGGAAGAGUUGCAGGCUCAAGCUGAAGUUGGUUUGUGUUUUGUUGGAAUUAAACACUAAAAGUAUAUUUGAAAUAUACUUUUAUUUUAUCGACUCGAGGUAAGUUUAAUACCUGGUGCAGUAGUGUUUUAUAAUUGAGACAUGAGCUCUGGAAGUAGUGUGUUGGAUUGCAAAACAAUCCCUGAUGUUUGGAAUGUUCUUCAAAACACACCUAGUUAUCUGGUAAAAGCUGAUGUGUACUUCUAUGAUAGAUGUUGUAUACUUAGUUCGCGAAAAUUCAAACAAAUAUGAAUACAGCCUAAGAUCGACAAAAUUGGCAACUCGUCAAUAUACAGUGGUUCCAAGCAAAUACACUAUAUGAGUUUUUGUCUGGGAAGAACUCACAUUUAGUACUCAAAUUGUACCCACUUUUCGCUUUUGGUACUGUACCCAGUAAAUUAAUUUUGGAACCGAUUGUUUUGUUUGUAUGAAGAAGAAAAACCGACUGCAGUAUUGUAUUAA